UAUUUUGUUUUGUUUUGUUUUGUUUGGAGACUUUUGAAAGUGUGCUCUGGUCUGGUCGACUCUCCUCCUCUUCUAUUCACCACCACCACCUCCGACUCCGAUCUCUCUUAUUAGAAUAUCCUUUCUAACUUUACUAUUAUAUAUUUAUAUAAUUUCCUGACAACACUCCGAACAAAUAUAAUAAAUGUAAAUAUUCUAUAAUAAAUUGAUAAGCGAAGAAGAAGAAUAAAGGAGGAGCUUUUAUUUGAUUGCCUCACACCCAUACCAGACACACUCACUCUCUCUCUCUCCGGCAUCUCCAAAAACCAAUUCAAUCAACAUUCAACAGGAAUAGAUUGUUCUAUUUUCGAAGCACAUGUCUCCUGUCUGAUUCUCACCAGACCCUCCCUUUUUUUCUUCUUCUUAAUUUAGGGUUUUACUUUGGGGGAUUUGCAUCUCAAACUCAACUGUUCCACUUUUCCCUAUUUUUUUUAGGAUGUUUCGUUCUGCUGCUUGGAAAUUUUGUUAAUAUAAAUAUAUAUUUAUAUAUAUAUAUAUAUAUAGAGAGAGAGAGAGAGAGAGAGAGAGAGAGAUCAUCCAGGGGAAAAAGGUUGAAUUGAAUUGAAUUGGAUGAAAAAGGAUAUGGUAUCCGCUGUGCCGGACGAGGAGGAGGAGGGGUUUGGCGGUGGUCUGAUGGAGUCUGACCCCAUAUAUGCAGAAAGGGAUACAGAAGAGGAUGGUUUGGAGAGUCAAGGAAUGAAGGACUCCAGAAUAAACAGCGGUUCCGGCUGUAGUUGCAAUGCUAGGAAACUGAAAUCUAGUGUUGCUGUGAGAGACUCUUUUCAAUCUGGGCAUGAAAAAAAGAAGCUCAGUCGGCAGGAAAGGAUUGAGUUCGGCCGCUUGUUUCAGGGUGCAGUGAGUUCUUAUGAUUGGAACCUCGCUCAGAGCUUAAUUUCACUGGCUGAUCCACAAGCUCUUAAUGAUGCUUUGUGCAUUACAUUGGAUUCCAUCUGGUUCUUGACCACACAGCAAGAGCUCGAUGGUAUAACAGGUUUAAUUCACAACAUCAUCGCCAAUGGUGCUUAUGAUUUCACAAGAGCUGCUCUUCGGACUUCGUUUCUUGCCUCGUGUGUCUCUGCCUGCCACAGCCGAACAAUGACUCCAGCUGCCACAGUCACUAUAAUGGCUCAAAGGUUGCAUGAGCGUCUGCAUGAAUGCAAUGGAGAUGAAAUCUUGAAGGCGGAAGCUGGUGCUAAGUUUCAGAAGUUUACUGAAUGGGCACUAAAAUGUAUUGAUUGCCAUUCCCGUUGUCAGGAGAAUAAGGAUAGGGUUGGGCACAGUUCAGCUGUUGAGAUACAACUCCAGUUAACUGCUUUUAAGACCUUCCUAGAUCUUGCUGGAAAUCAACUUACAGGAAAGGACUUCACCGAGGCCUUUGAUGCUGCAUGCUUUCCUCUAACUCUAUUCUCUAGCUCAUUUGAUCCUAGCUGGGCAUCUGGCAUUUCUGCAACAGCCGUCCAUGGUUUGCUGGGUAUGUUAGUAGAAGGAGGUGCAGACAACGUCAAUCAGUGUUUUCUUGAAGCUUCUCGCUUUGGGAGUACGCAGCUUGUGCGGAUUUUAUUGCAGAUUGCCCAAAGAAAUAGCUUGGAUGUUGAUGUUGACCUAGCAUUGGCCUUUGCUUCUCAUUACUGCAAGAUUGGCACCAUGGAGUGUCUCGUGGAAGAGGGUAAUGCCAUAGCUUUCUUGGGCCCUUUGAUGAGAGCGGCAGAGAGGGGUUGUAUGCAGGUAGUUGAGUGGUUUAUGAAAAGGGGUUGUCGAGACAUGGAGCUUUGUCUUGCCCUAACAGCUGCAACUUCUAGUAGCCAAGUUGAUGUUGCUGCAUAUCUUCUUCCUCGUGUUCCUCAACAUGUCCUUGAAGCCCUGAGCAUUGAAAUUCUCAAGGCUGCUGGUGAACGAAGUGGUGGCUCGCUGGAUGGUGUGGCAUUUCUCCUCCGUUCUGACUUCUUAGGUGAUCCCACAGCUACUUACGCUGUUGCUGAUGUCAUUGCUAGGUCAGACGACGAGGCUGUUGCUCCCAAACUGAAGGGUUUUCUGCGGGAGCACUGGUCUCAGGCAGCUUUCUUGGAUGGAUUGAGGCAAGGACAAGAACACUACACGAACAUUGUGAGGAUUUUGAAGUGGAGUGGGUGUCCUAUUUGCUUGAGAGACCUUCCAGCCCCUCUAAGGGUGACAAUUGCUUACCUGCCGCUGUACAGGGAGUGUGUUGAGGCGGGCGGCUGUUUGUUAUCGCAAAGGCUAAGAGGGCAGCUUGUUGAAGCUGUGAGAAGACUCGAUGGCAGGGUCUUAAAAGAGGUGAGCCAGGGCAGAGAGCUCCUGGCCGUUUUAGAGCAUCAUCUUCCUCCAUUUUUGCUUCAUUCAUCCGUUAAGAGUCGCUUAUUAGCAAGAAUUUUAGCUUGAGGUGUUUUGGAUUUUCGCGGUUACCCCCUGAUAUAUACUAUAGUAUGUAAGAAGAGAUAAUAAAGUUAUAGGGUGGGUUCCGGUGGUGGCAAAAGCUAAAGUUUGUCAGUUUUCUUCACCAAUGUUUUACGUACUGCACCUUUUAUAUGGCAUAUAUAGUAUCAUAACAUGGAUGUGCUUGUAGGAGGUGAGUUGAAACAUGAUGUCAUGAUGAUGACGAUGGAUUUGUAUAUCGUUCUUUUUUCUUUUCUCUCCUCAAUGUCAUCUCUUUCAAACUUUAGUACACCUAUAAAAAUGCAAAAUCAAGCAAAUUCUUUUGA